UUAAACUGUUUUCUAAUGUUCUUUUUGCUUUCUUUGUGUUUUCAGUCCAGCUACCCUGCAUGGGAGGAUUUUGUGUCGAAAGGAGCCAAGCUGCAGUCUCAGUUAAGGACGACGAUUGUAGUCACCGGUUCCUUCCUUGAUGCCUUUCAGAAAGUAGCCGACCUAGCCACUGGCACGAGAGGUGCAACUAAAGAAAUUGGCUCUGCCCUGACCAGGAUGUGUAUGAGGCAUCGCAGCAUCGAGUCCAAGCUCAAACUCUUCACAAGUGCCCUGACGGACAGUUUAAUAAACCCCCUGGAGUUGAAAAUCGAAGAGUGGAAGAAGGUGGCCAGCCAGUUAGACAAGGACCAUGCAAAAGAGUACAAGAAAGCCCGGGCGAACAUCAAGAAGAAAUCCUCGGAUACAAUCAAGCUGCAGAAGAGAGUAAAGAAAGGUAGUCUGGUGUGCAGAGUUUCUCCAGGAUCAGUGGCUCUGAUCUUCUGCUUGGGGUUCUGGAGCUGAACUUGAGCUCCGUUU